AUGGACGACUCGCAAAAGAAGAUGCAUUCUGUAACCUAUGCUAUAAUCUUAUCAUUAGUUGUUGCCAUUCUUUGUGUCAUCGAAUUUCUCAUCAAUCUCGUUGUCAUCUAUGCAAUAUAUAAGGGUCGAUUAUGGCGUCAAAACUCGACGUAUGCUUUGUCUCUUGGGAACGUAUUGAACGAUCAGUUUCUUCUCAUUUGCCAUUUAGUCUAUCUCGUGCCGGGAUUGUUUCUACAAAGUUACCUUUCUUCCCAAGGGACAAACGGUUUCUUUCCAUCGGCUUCAAAUUGGGGUCUACUUGCUGGAUGGUACGUCACAUCGUUUACACUCGCCUACAUUGCAAUCACCAGAUUUGUCGUGAUCGUUUUCAAUUGGACAAAUCUCACUUAUCAACUCGCGUUCCUUUCAAUGCUUUUCAUCUACGCGAUCUCUUGGACGAUGUCUGUCAUUGCACAAUUCGUCUUCCCGUGUUGCCAAAUGGUGAUGGAUCCGUUCAGUUAUGGCUAUGCUCUUCAAUUUUGUGCAAUCUCAUUGUUUUAUGUUUUCAAUUGGGUUUCGACAAGAGUGAAUCAAUCGAUUUUCGGGAGUAAUAUUGAAUGGUAUUCCUGCGGAAUCUUCUUUUUAAUUUUCAACUGUGGCGCCAACGGAGUGAUUUAUGUGUUGAGGAAUAAAGAGGUGAAAAGAACGCUUUUUGGUGGUGGGAAUCGAUCAGUGGCCACUCUCAGUCUUCCACAACAAUCAAACACGGAAGUCUCGUUGAAUCGAAGAAAAUCGAAACAC